UUUAAAUUUAAUGAGAGUAACCGCAACACAAGUGUCCAUGUAGUGGAACAGUUUUGGGGAAGAACAGAAUACAAAUUUUUUUUUUCUAUUUCCUUCUUCUUUAUAUUUUCCAAAUUUUGGUGGAAACCAACUCGCUCCACUCCUAAUAACUCCUCCAGAAAAAUAAGUGUGUUAGUUCAGACCUUGUUCUGCUGCUCUUCUUCUUCUUCUUCUUGGUUGCUCUUCCUUUCAGUCACGACUCAAUAAUGAAAACCCAUGAUUAACAAACAUGCUCUAACCAGUUUACACACAUGAUGAAUUUGCAGUAAUUGUGUCAUGAUCUUUUGUCCUUCUUCUUCCACUGUAACUCAAGACUGAAUUUGAUGAGCAGGAAGAGUGCAGCACUAGAUCACGAGCAACCCUCGACAUGUUCGAUUUCCUGUUCGGAUGGAGAAAGGCCUCUAAAUGCAAGAAACUGAUAAGGCAUGUUCAGUGCCGUCUGAAGCUCCUGAAGAACAAGAGAGGCACCAUUAUAAGGCAGUUACGCGAGGAUGUAGCUCAACUCCUCAAGCUUGACCAAGAGAAGAGCGCCUUCGCUCGUGUUGAGCAGCUAUUUAAGGACAAAACCAUAAUGGCCGCAUAUGAUUUGUUGGAUCAUUUUUGUGAAUUCAUUGCCCUCCACUUUCCCUAUAUUCGCAGACACAGGGACUGUCCGAAUGACAUAAAUGAAGCUGUGUCAAGUCUUAUAUAUGCAGCUGCAUGGUGUGGAGAUUUGCCUGAGCUUCAAAUGCUUCGGAAGCUAUUUGGAGAGCGCUAUGGGCACAGAUUUGUCAUUACUGCUGUUGAAUUACUCCCGGGGAAUCUUGUGAAUUCUCAGAUAAUUGAGAAGCUCCGGAUAAAGUCAAUUCCAGAAGAUGUGAAGCUUGGUUUGUUGGAUGAGAUAGCUAAGGAUUACAGCAUUCAAAGGAAAACUACGUGGAUAAUGGAGAGUUUUGAACUGCGAAACCAGCAGAUAUAUAAUCUUCCUGUGGGAACUGAGGGACCUCAAGAUCAAGUCAAUGAGAAAGAUACUAAAGUUAUCUAUCACAGUGAAGGAGCUGACAUAACAGCUUCAAAUUAUGAAACUACUCAAGGAAAAGCGCUUCCUAGCUCCUUACCAGUUUGCGAAAAUUCUGAGUCUCCCAAAAAUUUGAAUAUUACCCAAAGUUCCUCCGGUGCUAUCAUUGUUGCACAACCUCGAAUAGAUACUCUAGAUUCUUUUGUCUGUACCCCAAGUCAUAAAAAUGCAGUCAGAGCAGGGAAGCAUGGAGAACUGGAUCCUUCGUUCAAACACAGAAUGACACCUAAACUAUAUUCUGGAGGGAGUAAUCUAAGGAACUGCAGUUCAAGAUAUCCAUCUAAUUUCUCUCAGAAACAUAAAGUGGAAGGAACAACAACAACUGCAUCUGAAAGUUCAAUUCAGUUUCCAGAGAUGAGUGUUAUUUAUCUUGAUGACAUAGAGGAAUCUAAUGCCACCAUAAAAGAUGGCAAAUACAAGGACCAAAGAAUAUUUAUAUUCAAAUCAAUCAACAUGCCUACUAGGAAAAAUCUUGGAUCUGAAAUAGUUAGCUUGUCAGAUUUAUAUGGUUACAAUGGUACUGAAAAGCAGAUAGAGAAAAGUGAACCGUGGGAUGGAAGAGUGCAAUCCAGGAGCUCUAGAAUGAGGACCAAGUCAUCGGGGAAAAGAUUGAAUAGGAGAUUACUCUCUUGGGGUAGUCAAGUAUCCCACUCUUCCAUGAGCAUGAACGAUGUUGAAUCUGCACUUUACUAUGGUGACCCUUGUGACAAUUCAUCAAAUGAAGACCCUUUCAGACAUAAAAAUCAUCACCCGAAAAAACAUCAGCGUAAGAUGCCAAUUGAAGAUAGCCGGGAUUUCAAAUACAGAAGUCAAAAGAAUAAACUUCCAUUACUUCGACAAGAUGAUGAUACAGGGGAAACAAAGAAGGAAAUUUGUGGUAAGGCUAUGGAAGGGAAGCCUUUCUAUAACAGUGACUGCAGAAUUGACCGUGAAAUGGUUAUUGAUUGUAGCUUGGAGCAUCCAUGUUAUUUCUUUACAAGAAAUGAUAAAGAUGAGGUGGAAAACAUGUGUAUAAAGCAACAUAAGGGAAUUAGAAUGGGUAUGGAUUUUCCAUCUCAAAACUGUCAACAAAAAUGGCAAGGCCAUUGCUGCAAUUCACCAAAUGAAGAAGAAGCAUUCAAAGGUACUACUGUCAUGAACCAUAGAAGCUAUGGAUAUGCACCAGACUACAAGGGCGUAAGUGGCAACAUACAAGUCCAGGAAAUGGGAUGGGACUCUUCCCCUCAAAGAGACUGCCAGUAUAUGGUUUCUAUGUAUGCUGUUACAGACUACAAAAGUCCUGUCCCCAACAUGAGGAGCAUGAAGGAAGAGAGUGUUGAACAAGGAAUAUCAGAUUUUCCAGGCAGUUGUGUCUCUUCCCAUGGUUCUUGUUCAUCAAUGACAAGUCCAUUGACAGAGAGAUUGAGGCAGCCACCUUAUCUAAGGGCCCAGACAAUGCCGCUUGAGCGACCCCAAAAUGGAUCAAGUGACGUUAAAGUUAUCCGUUCUGCGUCCUUUCAGUUAAAACAAACCAAUAAUUCGACAGGCAGCUCUUCAUCCUCUUCCUCCAGCCAUGUCCAUCCUAAGCUGCCGGACUAUGAUGACUUGGCAGCCAAAUUCAAAGCACUCAAGAAAGAGCAUCUACAAAGUAAGUUCCAAUCAGGCUAGCAAUGGUUUAAGCUGUGGGUGAGCCUAUCCAUGUUCAUCUGGCUGCUGCUUAAUGCACAUUGGAGUGUGUAUAUUUGGUCCCAAUUCUUCUCCAACCAUAAUGCUGGGUAUCGCUA